CUCUCUCCCACUUUCCUGCUCGCGCGUAUUGCAAUUAUACUACAUUUUACUAGUUCGGCAUCUUUCCCCUUACUUUUCCGCCGACAAUAUGGAUUAAAUUGAGGUUAAUUCUGUGCCAUAUCUUAUCCACUCCGUGCAGCCGCCGACAUGGGCAUUUCUAACGGCCGCCUACAUCCUCACACGGCGAACCGAUGUGGGUUCUUCUAGCCCGGAUGAGGCUUGUUAGAAAGUACCGUCAGAUUACCCGGUGAGGCGGGUGGGUGCGUUCGAUGCCGUUGGAUCAUGUCCUAUGUGUCUUCACAAGAUGGAAGGUGUGUGUCUCCGUGUUCCCGGCCUCACACUCCUCUGAAUGGCCAUGCCCACGACUCCCCCGGCUGGAGCCGCCCGCUCCGCGUCCGAGACGGAGACCAGUUCUACAUGCUGGACCAAGAAGAGGUUCAUCCUCUUCUUAUGAGCGAUCGGCGCCCUGUGUCUCACCGCACCAAGUUGCUCCGCAGGACUGUCUCCGUACCUGCCGAUACCAGACCCCACCCCGAAUCAGAGCACGCUCGUGCUCGCAGAAAGAGCUUUGCCACAGUGAGGCAGAGAAGCAUGGAAACUCCGCCCACUGCCCCUCCCCAGCAAUUCCGUCAGUCGAGUUUUCUUAGCCGCCGUCUGAAAAGCUCAAUUAAGCGAGCCAAGAGCCAGCCCAAACUUGACCGCACCGGAAGCUUCCGCCACAUGAUUCUCCCACGAUUUCGCAGUGCUGACCAGGAAAGAACACGUCUGAUGCAGAGCUUCAAGGAGUCUCAUUCCCACGAGUCUUUGCUGUCGCCAAGCAGCGCGGCCGAGGCGCUGGACCUCACGCUGGACGAGGAUGCCAUCAUCAAGCCCGUCCACUCCAGCAUCCUCGGCCAGGAGUACUGCUUUGAGGUAACAACAGCUUCAGGCACAAAGUGUUUCGCCUGCCGAUCGGCUGCUGAGCGGGACAAGUGGAUCGAGAACCUCCAGCGAGCUGUUAAACCCAACAAGGAUAACAGUCGUCGGGUGGACAAUGUUCUUAAAUUGUGGAUUAUCGAGGCACGGGAUCUUCCACCUAAAAAGCGCUACUACUGCGAGUUGUGUCUGGAUGACAUGUUGUAUGCUCGCACCACCAGCAAGCCUCGAACAGACACAGUAUUCUGGGGUGAGCACUUUGAGUUCAACAACCUUCCUGCUAUCCGAAGCCUGCGCCUGCACCUCUACAAGGAGACGGACAAGAAGCGUCGCAAGGAGAAAAGCACAUAUCUUGGCUUGGUCAGCAUUCCCAUCUCAAGCAUCACAGGCCGUCAGUUUGUGGAGCAAUGGUACCCAGUCAUUCAGCCCAGUGUCCUUGCAAAGGGCGGUGGUGUGGGCAGUGGCAAGGUCAUUAAUGCUUCACUGAGGCUCAAAUCACGCUACCAGACUAUGAGCAUCCUGCCCAUGGAGCUGUAUAAGGAGUUUGCAGAGUAUGUAACCAAUAAUUACCGCACUCUAUGUGCCGUCCUGGAGCCACUCUUGAGUGUGAAGAGCAAGGAGGAAGUGGCCUGUGCCCUAGUGCACAUCCUACAGAGCACUGGCAAGGCCAAGGAUUUUCUGUCGGACAUGGCAUUGAGUGAGGUAGAUCGGUUCAUAGACAGAGAACACCUGAUCUUCAGGGAGAACACACUGGCGACCAAAGCCAUAGAGGAGUACCUCAAACUUGUUGGACAUCGCUACCUUAAAGACACCAUUGGUGAGUUUAUUCGUGCACUGUAUGAGUCAGAGGAAAAUUGUGAGGUGGACCCCAUGCGAACCCCACCUUCCAUGCUCCCAGACCACCAGGCCAACCUACGCAUGUGCUGUGAACUUGCACUUUGCAAGAUCAUCAACUCCCAUUGUGUUUUUCCACGGGAGCUGAAGGAAGUAUUUGCAUCAUGGCGUGUGCGUUGUGCUGAAAGAGGUCGUGAGGAUAUUGCAGACCGGCUCAUCAGUUCCUCGCUAUUCCUGCGCUUCCUGUGCCCAGCCAUCAUGUCUCCAUCACUGUUCAACCUGACGCAGGAGUACCCAUCUGAGCGCACAUCCCGAACCCUCACGCUCAUCGCCAAGGUGGUGCAGAGCCUGGCCAGCUUCUCCAAGUUUAGUGGUAAAGAGGAUCAUAUGAUGUUUAUGAAUGAGUUCCUGGAGAUGGAGUGGGGAUCCAUGCAGCAGUUCCUCUAUGAGAUCAGUAAUGUGGACUGUGGUAGUAACGCAGGGGCGUUUGAGGGUUACAUCGACCUCGGCCGAGAGCUCUCCAUCCUACACAGCCUGCUCUGGGAAGUCAUGGCCCAACUAAGCAAGGAUGCUAUCCUGAAGCUAGGACCCUUGCCACGCUUGCUAAAUGACAUCAGUGUGGCUCUAAGGAACCCACAGCUGCACCGGCAGGCAAGUCACCAGCCGCCUGAACGCCACAUCGCACGGCCACCCUACAGCCGCCCAGCCACUAAUGACUUCCAGAGCCUGAUGAUGAGGGAGCAGAACAGUUCUAUAGAUAUAUCUCGUCUACCAUCUCCUACCUCCGGAGGCGGAGCUCUCUCUCACCCGGGCAUGGCUGGUUUUGAAAGAGAUCACCGUGGCAACAAAGAAGUGUUCUAUGUGGCACGCCCACCUUUAGCCCGCUCGAGUCCUGCCUACUGCACAAGCAGCUCUGACAUCACCGAGCCAGACCCGAAGGUCCUGAGUGUGAAUAAGAGUGUAUCUAUGAUGGACCUGCAGGACUCACGCAUCAACAGCGUUUCCAACCUGCACUCUGUUAACGACAUGCUGAACUCGUCACAGGGCUCUAUCGCUGGACUGGGCAGUUUUGGGGGCGCUCCACUGCGACUCGGGGGCAUGAGGUUCAGUCAUUCGGGUGGCCUGGCCUCAGACUCGCUCUCUCAGCAACAGCAGCAUGCGGCAGCUGCCAUGCACGUGCCACUCUCCUUCCAGAACCCUCUGUUCCACUUGGCUUCAGAUGGGCCUCAGUACCAUGGUCCACCCCAUGCCUCACACGCCCCACCGCUCCUACUCGCCCCGGAGCCCGAGAACGGGCACGCAGGCUUCGGGGUGCCAGCCUUCGGCCAUGGCGGGUUCUCUCGCAGUGAAGAUCUUUCAGCCUUGCGCACACAGAACAGCCUUGUGCAGCCGAGCAUCGUCCACUCACACAGCUACAGUGACGACUACACCCGCCACAACCAGGCUGACUACGCACGCCGACAGCUAUCACUGCAGGUGCAGGAGAAUCUCCAUCAGCAGGUAUUAAUGGGUAUGGCCCCUCAGACUGCUACUGGCACCGGAACACCCGCCUCAGUCGCAACGCCUCCGGCCACCAUGCAUCCUGUUCGUCAGGCCUCUAUGGCUCCUCCUCCUACACAGCGCAUAAAGCCUCAGCCUUCCCACCAACUGUCAGUCAGCUCAGCUGCUAACUCCACCCCACCCAAGGUCCGACCCCAGAGCGGAAACCUCCUUCAGUCACCUGAGUCAAGUUUUGGAGCAAGGCCAUUACCACGGCAGCAGCUUUCCGUUAAGGACAGCCCUGCCCCUGGUCUCCCUCACCAAUCCAGCACGGCCAGUGAUAACCAGCAGCAACAGGGGGGUGCUAGUGAGAACACAGAGAAUGCACAGAGUGAUACUCCUGCUAAAACUGCCCAACAAUCCAACCAACAGCACCUACUAAAACCAACUACUAACAAGCAGGGCUCUAAGUCUCCUUCCACACUGAACCCUCCGACCCCUGCAUCUGAGCGGACAGUCGCCUGGGUGUCCAACAUGCCACACCUGUCAGCUGACAUUGAGAGCCUGCGUGUGGACAGAGAGGACCUGAAACUUAAGGAGCACUCUAAGAGCAUGGACGAGUCUCGGCUGGACCGGGUGCGUGAGUAUGAGGAGGAGAUCCACUCCCUGAAGGAACGGCUGAUGAUGUCCCACCGUAAGCUGGAGGAGUAUGAACGCAGGCUGCACUCCCAAGAGCAGCAGACCAACAAGAUCCUGCUGCAGUACCAGAGCCGGCUGGAUGACAGCGAGAGGAGACUGAGGCAGCAGCAGCUGGAGAAAGACUCGCAGAUCAAAGGCAUCAUCAACAGAAUAAGUGGCAUCAAAUCCAGCCGUGAUUUGAGAGCAAUUGAUGAAUCAGCUUCAGCUGCAUGGAAACAAGCCCCUGCCCAGCUGAUGGCGGUGGAGGAUGAGUUGAGAGGCAGUGGCGAGUCUGACCUCAAAUCCCGAAUAUUUACAGGAGAGCCGAUCUAUGGUGGGCACACCGGAACAUGAUUGGACCACAGCAGCACGACAGGAUAUGUGACUGGACCCAUGCCAGUCCUGGAACCUCUCUUGUUUCUGAAUGGUUGAGAGAGGAAAGAGAAAGAGGAAGAGCCUGAGAAAAAAAAAAACACAAAACAAAACCACGCUCUGACACAUCAAACCCCAAAAAGCACACAAAAAUCACGUACACAAGAGCACAUUCUUUAUGUCUCUCUACUUCUUUCUCUCCCUCUCUUUUCCUCCCUGAGCCAAUAUAAUGACAAUCAUCUCUUUUUUAUGUAGUGAAUUGACAAAUUAGCUACUCGGUGCUGUUUAUUGUAUUAUUUAUUCGGCCAUUAUUACAUUAGGAUAUUUGCUACAAAUUAAAGCUACGAACAGAGGGACUUGAUUCAUGUAUAUUCUUUUUGCCCAUAUUACAUACACCUCAGACUUUUUCUCUAUGUCUUUCCCUCUCUCAGCAGGCGUGUUUGUUGUUUUCAGCAUGAUAGCUGUAGAGGGGUUGUGCUGGUCUUUGUGUGUAUGUGUGGUUAUGGUGUGUAUUACUAACUCCAUAACCCACAAGCCUCCAAGCUCUAAUAAUGACUCUUAAUUUUUGUCCUUGUAAUUUUUUUCCUAUAAUGAGCUUUUUUCAAUCUUUUUACGGAGGUGUGGUCUUUUCUGAGCCAAUCAGAUGUUGCCAUACUACUCAGAAAGCCCUUCCUGUGCCGCGCAGUGGGCGGCACCUCUUCUCUGUGCCUAAAGAGCUCUAUACAAAACAGGGGAAAACAGGGGAAAUGGGGGAAAAAGAAAAGACAACAAAAACUACAUCGAACAAGAGCGUACAGGACACUCCUUUUUUCCAAGCUGUGGAGUUUGAGAGAGAAUGAUGUUUGAUUAAUAUUGUGUCUGUUUGGACUUUGCUGCUUUAAGGACUUUUAAGGAUCAGCAUCCCUUCAUCACAUCCUGUCGAUGGGACAGAAACGGCGCAAGCGAAGCUACAGCGCCACCGUGCGUGUGCGCGUGCGAGAGCACGUGUAGUAUUAGUCUACACGUGAACGUCGGGACGCAUUCUGCCUACAGGUGCUUCUGGGCAUCGAUGCAAAUGGAUUUGUCUUUUCCUUUGUGAGCGUGUGCAUGCAUGUGUGUGUGAACUAGAGAACUGGUGAAUAAGAAUGAGAGCAGAUGGAGAACACCGAGGAUGACCAUGGUUUCAUCAGCUAACGGCAGGGACCCGCCUUGAGAGGAAACUGCAGUAGAGACAAAAAAUCUAUAUGAUCUAGUAUUUAUAACGUCUAGCUUUAGUAUUUAUAAUUCUAGACCUAUAGCCCAUCUUUAUUCUAUUAGACUUUAUUUAAGCACAAAUAUACCCAUUACCAAUGUACUAUAUCGUGGUAAUAUACUAUACUACUCUCCUAAAGCAUGGAGACAUGCAUACACACAAACACACACACAUACACACACACAUAUACACACACAAUGAUCAUAGAAGGAAGUAGUAGCAUCAUACCUCAUUCGGUCCUACUGUUAUCUUCUUUCCAUUAGGCGUACAGCAUCUAUCAAUCCAACACUUCUGUUCGGUUCUCCUCGCCGUCCGAUUGGAGUUUUUCUAAGAUCGGUAGCUGAUUUCUUUUGCUUGUGAGCUUCAGUUAGAUUGGAUGUACAUAAGAGCUGAGGAUUCAAUACCUGUUGAUUUCUACAGUUUUAUUCAUUUUACCAAGUCCUACUGUUUUUUUCUGAUUCUUCCUUGAUGUUCAAUAGAUGAUUACACACAUAUACACCAUUAGUUGGUUUUGCUGGUAGGUUUUUAGUCACUUGCUUUUUAAUUUCUUCUUCUUCUUCCUCUUCUUCUUCUUCUUCUUAUUUUUUCUGUGGUGGUGGAAAAUAUUGCUAACUUAUUAUGUCUGCACUUCAAAUAUUAUUUAUUUUUGAAAAGAAAAAAAAAAUCUAUUCGUGCCCCGUGCCUAAAUGUUCUGGUUCUGAAACUUUGGUUAGAAAUAUGGCUCUGCUUGUUGGCCGCUGUGGAUCAGAACCAGUAUUGAACGAAAUAUGAAGCGAAACCUUACAAUACUCUAGUCACCUUUUGUGUAUAAAAGUCCUCCUGAGAAAGAUUGUGCUGGUGAAAUGUUUUCUCCCAUCGUGUAGCGCUAUAUUUGUUUUUUAGUCAUGAGAUUUUUUAUCUAAUCUUCAGAAUGAAACACCCAGAGCGGGUCUACUCCUACCCUUAAACUUAGCCAUAGACAUGGACAAGCCAUACACACCCUGUCCUUCUUACGGGCUUUAGGAGCGUAGGAAUGUAUAUAUUUCUAUAGAACCACAGAAAAACGUACCAGAAACACGAAAGGCUCAGUGUUUAACCUUGUGGGACACCUCAGCAUAUGGAGAAAUGUUGUGAAUGUUAAUAUUGUUAAGAAGACAAUUAUUCUAUUCAAAUAUGACUAUUAUUGUAAUUAUCAUUGCUUUCAUUUUCUUGAUGAUAUGAUUAUUGAUUGAUCAGAAAUUUCUUUCAUUUUGUGAAUAUGAGUUUACUAUUAUUCCAGAAGUUUAAUUAAUUGGACAAAUUAAUAAAUAGAUAUAUGCUAACCUUUAA